AUGGAUGAACAGGACAAUGAUUUUAAAGAGUUGUGGGCAAAUCUUUUGGGUAGAGCAAAGAAAAAAGCUGGGGAUGCUGAGGCAGCGAGGAGGGCUCAGAACAGGUCAAAGAGCACUGCAGCAAGAAGCAAAUUAAGAAGAGGCAAAGCUGCUGCUAAGAGCCAAAACCAUCAUCACUUACCAGCAGCGAAGGAAACAAACUUGCCUCAAGAUUUGGGUCCAAAGGAACAAACUUUGGUGCACAAAGAAGAUGGUGACGCUGUGGCCUGUAGUAGUGGUGAGACUGCACAAGGGGAUGGAAAAAGAAACCCUUUCCCUGCCAGCCAGCUGAGUACAGUGGCCAGCGAGUGUAGCCAGAGGAUCCUGACGGUAAAUACUCUGAGAAGCUGUUCCCAGACUACAUUAUCCUUCCAUCCUGCUACGCAGCCAGGGACCUGCUCUUCACCCACCUCAAAGAUACCGUCGCUCGCAGGGUCAAAGAUGCGGGUAGCAGAGCUGGUAGUGGAGAGAAUGCAGCAGUUCAAGAGAGUGGCACCUGAGCAGCUAAAACACAGCACAGAUGAUAGCUUGCCAAAGUCUGUAGCCGGCGGGGAUUUCCCUGACGAAAGCCAGGAGCAGAACCCACCAGAGAAUGAUACCGACCACCUUCCAUCCACGGAGCACGACAGUGCUCUGGCUUUGGCUCUUCAGCAGCAAACCAAAGAGGAAGCCCUGGCAAGCCUAGAGGAUGACGGCUUGUUUUUUUGUCAGAUCUGCCAGAAAGAUCUCUCAGCCAUGAACACAACACGACGAGAGCAGCAUGUUAACAGGUGUCUGGAUGAGAUGGAAGAAGCGCAGAUGUCAUCCUCCAGCAAACCACUGGUCCCUGAAUGUCCCAUCUGCGGGAAGCAGUUCCAAACCCCGCAGAGCCGAGUCAGUCACUUGAAACGCUGCGCCGUCGAGAUGGAUGUUCCUCCUAAGCUGCUUCUUCAGGCAGUGCAGUUGCAGGUGUCCUCGCUUGGUGAUGCACCUCCUCAGUGUCCCAGCAAUCAACCGAGCAGGUCAAAGCGAAAAGGCUCCUCCAAAGAGGACUCAAAGCAAAUGCAGAAGAGGGCCAAAUUGGAGACUAAGGAUGAAGAUUUGCUGGUUGCUAUGGCAAUGUCACGCUCUCUGUUGGAGCAAGAAAAGCAGGAACAGGCAAAAUCAGUUACAAAUGUGAAACCAGUGGCUGCUUUGCCAAUCAAAUGGAAGCCAGGAUCAGAGAAAAAACGGCGUAAAAGAGGCCCAACUGCACCUCCACCAUUACUGCUUCAGGACCCGGAGAAGGCCCGCAAAAGGAUCGAAGAGCGAGUAGCUAUGCUGCUUGCAGAAGAGGUGGAAUUCCCGCCCACCCCUCGCCUUCCCGCAAGUAGGAUUUUGGAGGAUGAAUCUGGGAAAGCAACCUGGCUCUUGCCGUUGUCCAAAACCAGGGAGUGCUUUUUGUGGAAUAUCAGCGCUCUGACAGGACCCUAUGACCCCGAAUCAUUCUACGCUGCUGGAUUAACCCCUCCAAUUGUGCCUUGGAAGCCUGUGCAGUCCUCUCUCAGGUUGCUGGCUGAAGAUUUCAGUGCAAUGGUCAACAACCCCCACUUAAGUGAUGUCCAGUUCCAGGUGGACUGCGGGGAAGUCCUUUAUGCCCACAUGUUUGUGUUGUACGCACGGUGUCCACAGGCCGUUCAAGUUGUUCACAGCCAAGGGUUCUUAGUGGAGGAGGAUGGGAGCGCGCAGACACGCCGUGUGCUGCUGAGUGACGUGACAGGAGAGGCGGUGUGCGCGUUCCUGCGAUACCUUUAUGCUGCUGACGCUGACAUCCCUGCUGGGCUGCUGCCCCAGGUGGGGGUUCUGGCUGCCAGGUUUGGUGUGAGGGAACUGAUGGCAAGGUGCGAAAACAACACUGGAGAGAGUCAGGUGUCUUCUGGAAUGGAUUCAGAAGAUGAUCUUCUCUCUGUGAGGGAUGACAAAGAUUGUGAGGACAGAGCUGAGAACUUCCAAGACCUCUUGAAGUCAGUGUGGAUGGGUGAAGAUGAGGAAGAAGUAGAUACGCUGAACCCUGAAUGCCAGAAAGAAGAUGACAGUGGGGUGGGUGAACAGGAGCUGGAGGAAAUCUAUGAGUUUGCUGCAACUCAGAGAAAGAUGGUUCAAGGUGAAAGAGAGGUGAGCGAGGGAACAGACUGCAGCAUCUGCAGUGAUACUGAGGCAGCCCAAGGUACAAACCAGCAAACUGAGGAGGAAGCGGUAAAGAGUUCUGAAUCCGCUUCAAUAAGCAACAGCUUCAAAGAUCUGAGGGAUGACAAUGAUGUGGAAAGAUCUAAAUGUGACUCGUCUGCACAAGAAGAGAAAAUGCAGAAUAUAAAUAGGUGCAAGAGCGUGAAUGAUCCACAGACCACUUUUGUGCCUCACCACAGUGAACCUCAAAAAUGGGACGUAGCUUCCCAGGGUGCCAUGGCUAAUGAAGGAGAGACUGUUAGGAGAUGUGAAGGUGUGAAGGAUUCCGAGUCACCUCAGGUCUCACAUGACAAGGCAGAUCACUGUGAAAAACAGUUUCCUAGCUUCCGUGGUGAUACUAAUAUAAACGAAAGUUAUGAACGCUUGUUUUCUGCAACUCAGGGAGAUUACUGUGAGCCUUCCCCAACGAAAGAAGUUAUCAAAGAAUCAGGACAAGCUCCUAGUGAAAAACAUAUUGAUAUUAAUGACUCACUUCUGUACAGCAAGUCACAAAAAGCCCUCUCUCCACGUAGGAAUGGUUUUUAUGGGAGUCCUCCUCCCAAACCUUCUGUGCCCCUUUUUCCUGCUGUUGGCUCGUCACCCGCAUCUCCAAAAUCAGAGGGAAAGUUUGCCAGAGAACACGUGUCAACACCAAAGCAAAACAAAAAGGAAAAAUCAUUCCCAUCUGAUGAAAUACACUUUCAGAAAGCCAACGAGCUGGAUACUGCAUCAAGAAACGAGAACACAAUUUCUCCAGCAGAGCUUCCCCACGUUGAUUUAAACAAGCAUACAUAUGUCCCAGCGUUGUCAUCACAGGUCACGAGAACUCAGGACGCUGCAGCUCAGGGGAGCAAGGAGGGUGAUGUUAUUGUUUUAUCUUCUGACGAUGAAAUGGAGUUACAAUACAAGAAGUCGCCAGAGUCGGGCUCUGCUCCGAAGAAAAUGGAAAUCCCUGGGCAACUGAAAUGUACAGCCGUAGAACAAGGUCCUGAGAUACCAAGAGCUGAACAUAACUCAUCAGUCACUGAAACAGAGCAGAGGUCAAGCCAGAUCUCAUGUGGCAUUACAGAUACAGCGCAUAGAAGUAAUGAUGUAAAGAUGUGCACUGAAUUGCCUCUCAGCAGACAAAGAGAUGCUUGUAUGGAGAGCAAACGGAGUCCAAAACUGAGCCCUGAAAAAAGGCUCGGUCAUGAAAUGUCUUCAGGUACAGACAGCUCCUGGCUAGUGCCAGCCACACCAGUUCUGAGCAAAAGCAGAAGUUUCUCAACACAGACCCAAGUCACAAGUAUUAAUUCUUUAAAGAGUCCAGGAUCUAAACUCAGCACAAAGAACUUACCAGCAGUUAAUAGUAACCAUGAAAUGACUGAAAAUUCAGUAAAAGUUCAUGAAACAACAUUGUCAGACAAACAUUUGCCUCUGGAGAACUCAGUCAGUGAAAGGAGCCCUUCAAGCACCCCAGCAGCAGCAUCAUUUUCCAACAACUCCCCACCAGUUUCUCCAGUGGAUCCAGUUCUCCUCUCCCCUGGCCACACCAAUGGAAAAAGCAAAUGUGCCAAGAUCUCAUUUUUAUCCAAACCUGUGCCUCCGUGCCAUGAGCAGUCAUUGGAAGAUAAAACAAAUAUCAGCGUGGUUGAGGUAGAGGACAGCGAAAAGGAAAUAAGUCUGCCUUCUCUGAGUAGUAGCAUCUUGCUUUGUGACGAGCCCCCAAUCCCCGUUGAUGACUGCUGGCAUGUUGAAUAUCUGUCACCAGUCAGAGGUAACAGCCAGGACUCCAACCAGGUCAGCCGUGCAAAGACCAGCACUGCCACCAGCCCCAGGCCUGGCUCAUGGCACGACCAGUGGGAGAGCCCAGUCCACACGCAGGAGAUUAAGGGCAGUACCCCUCUUCGAGGAAGUCCUGUUGGCAGAAGAACAACUCUGCUCUGUCUUGAAAAGAGUCCUAUUGAGGCAUGUUCAUCAGCGGGCAGUAGACCAAGUUACCUGAACUCCAAAAUCUGGGAUGACUGGAAUGGAGAAGAGGAGGAAGAUGAAUUUCCAGAGAUGCUUCCUCUGUCUCAGAGGUUGUCAGCUGCAGCAGGUGCCUGUCAGACAGAUCCUGUAAAGACUCCUGAACCUUCCUGUCAGGAGAACGACAAGCCUCCCAGCACUCCAGUGACACCGAUGCCAGCUUACUCCAUGAUGGAGACCCCAGAGCUGAAGAAGGAGUUGAGCAGAUUUGGAGUCCGUGCUCUCCCAAAACGCCAGAUGGUGUUGAAGCUGAAGGAGAUAUUCCAGUAUACUCACCAGGACGUGGACUCUGACUUUGAGGAUGAAAUCCCAUCUUCCCAGCCUCCCCUGCAGAAGUCCCCGGCCAAACGCUCUAGGCAGUCAAAGGCAGACCGGACCGCAGGUGGAAAGCGUGCCAACGCCUCGAGGGCUGGGGGCAAAAGGAAGGAGGUUGCUACGGCUUCUUCAGUGCUCCCUGUGGGGAGGGCUGAUGAUGACCUCGUUGGAUGCCGUGAGACACGCUGUGCAGCACCCAAGAAGGGAAGUAAAAUGACACAUCACCCAGAAGGAGCCAAAGAGCAGAAAAAGUCAUCUGUAUCUCCAGAGGGAUGGUCUCUGGCAGCUGAUGGUGAGGAACCAAUGCUCCCAGCAUCUCAGGAGUCUGCAGUUUCUUCAGUGGAUGGAAGCGACAUCUCUUUUGGUUCACAGAGUUCUUUUGUGAAUGGAUUUGAAGCCUGUGCUUUUACAUCCGAGGAGGAGGAAGAGGAGCUUCCAGCAUCUCAGGCAGCAGCUCGGGAAGAAGAUAAGCUGGAGGCAGUAAGGUGCUACAUCCGUUCGAACGCAGCCCUGUACCACAAGGUUCUCUUUUAUGAGCCAAUUGAGCUGGCUGACCUGCACACAGAGCUGAAACAGAACGGCAUUAAAAUUUCCAAGGCAAAGCUGCUGGACUUUUUAGAUGCUCACUGUAUCACGUUUACCACGGCCAGAGCCCGGAAAGAGAAGGAACAGAAAAGAAAGGGGAACAAAAAACAGAGGAGACGAUACUGAAUGGAGCCUGCUCCUCCAUCCUGAAAAUUUUGUACAUGGAGGCCUUCCUGAUAAGCUGGAAACCCUGUUCCAGACUGGUGCUAGCGGUGGUGCUGUGAUCGGUGGGUGCACUGCUCCUCCCUGUGGCCUGCGGUCAGAUGACAUGCUGGAGAAUGGGUCUGA